AUGUUCCAAUGUCCUGCCUGCGAUUUUACAUCUACCUACUCGAAAAACAACGUUAAAAGUCAUAUGGUUUCUUUGCACGGACUAGCAGGAGAUCCUAUCAGCUACAUGGACAAGUAUGCAGCCCAAGUGGAUGAGUUUAUGAAAAUGUGUUUUCCUAACGGUGGGUACAUUAUUCGAGCAAAGUACCCAAUUCUUCCUAUAAAGCAAGCCUGCAAAGGUUUGAUCAGUGCUCACAGAUUAUGGCUAUCAUUGGGGGUUUUUAAGUUAAUAUGCGUAUUGCACACUGUGCGCGCUACCUUUCAUCUGGAACCCGCUGCUGAUUUCCCGGUUUUCUCCUUGUUUCCUUGUCUCUUUUGGUUUGUUUGGGCAUCUCUUCGUCAGUAGUG